CUCCUGUGGUCUUUUGGUUAGGUACCAACCUGAGACUGCUUGCAAAUGCCGUUCGGCGACAAACACGAAAAUCUAGGGUGUCGAUAGACGUGUCAUUAACGCAUUUCAGCUUCAUUGUCCAAUUUGUGAAACCGGAGCGGGAGCGGGAGCGACAGUGAGCUUUCAAGAAUGUCAAGACGGCGAGACGGGGAGGGCGACCAGGCUCUGCCCCUGAUAGAGAAGCCGGCCCCUAAGAAAUCUACUCUUCUGACGGUUUGCCCUUUCAUUCUGGGCAAUGAGUUCUGUGAGCGCCUGGCGUAUUAUGGGCUCGCGACCAACUUGGUCAUGUACAUCUGCAAUGUGAUGGGAGGCGACCCCGCAGAUGCGGCAAUCCAGGUCAGCGUGUUUGAGGGCACAUGCUACCUGACGCCCCUCAUCGGCGCCUACCUGGCGGACAGCCGCUGGGGCCGCUACCACACCAUCCUGGUCUUCAGCUCCAUCUACCUGGUGGGCAUGGUGGCCCUGGCGCUGACCUCUUGGCUGCCGGGCCUGACCCCGGCCGAGGGUGAGCAGGCCAACGGUUGGCAGUUGGCGGCGCUCAUUGGCAGUUUGUCGGUUAUCGCGCUGGGCACCGGCGGCAUCAAACCCAACGUGUCGGCCUUCGGCGCCGACCAGUUCAACGAGGCGGACCCGCAGGACCGGCGCGAGAAGGAGUCGUUCUUCAACUGGUUCUAUCUGGCCAUCAACGUGGGCUCCCUCAUCGCCUGCACCGUCAUCGUCUACAUCCAGGACCAGAUCAGCUGGACGCUGGGGUUCGCCAUCCCGGCUGUGGUGAUGUGCAUGGCGGUGCUCCUGUUCGUGGCGGGUCGCAAGGUGUACCGCCACGUGGCCCCCACCGAGAGCCCCAUGGAGCGCGUGGUGCGCGUGGUGGCGGCGGCGCUGCACAACAGGUACAUUAAGAAGAAGGGUGGCGAGCCUCGUGCCGCCGACAUCUCCAGCCUCCACGGCGGCUCCCUCUAUGCCAACGGAACCAGCGGCGGCGCCAACGGUGUCAACGGCUCCGCCGCCGGCAGCCUCGGCGGCGCAGCCGCCGCCGGCGGCGGCGCAGCCAGCGGCGGCCGCCGCGGCGGCGGCGGCGGCGGCGGCGGCCUGGCGGAGUCGUACCUGGAUUCCAAUGACCCGCGGCCGGGUGCGGCGGCGGCGGCGGGUCGGCGUUACGAGCGGAACAUGGCUGUGCCCAUGACACCGAGCAUGAGUCACCGCUGGCUGGAGAACGCCAUCACGGACUGGCAGACCAGCCAGGGCACUGUGAUGCACCUGGACGGCAUGGCGGGCCACUACACGCCGCAGCAGGUGGAGGAGGUGAAGAUGGUCCUCCGCCUCAUGCCCGUGUUCUUCACAACCAUGCUGUACUGGACCAUCUACACCCAGAUGGGCAGCUUCUUCGUGCAGCAGGGCAACCUCAUGUCCCGCGACUUUGCGCUGAACGUGCCGGGCGUGUCGCACCCGGUCACACUUCGCAUCCCAUCUGCCUCCAUGUCACUCUUCAACACCCUCUCCAUCAUUCUACUCAUCCCCGUGUACGACAAGAUCGUGGAGCCGUUCAUUGCGCGCAUCCGCUCCAAGGUCACCCUGCUGCAGCGCAUCGGCUGGGGCAUGGUUCUGGCUGUGGCUUCCAUGCUCGCCGCGGCCUGGGUGGAGGCCUACCGCCUGCGCUCCCUCAGCAAGUGCGCCAACGGCAACGCCGCCGCAAGCGCCGACUUGCACGGCGACGGGCUGGACGGCCCCGGGCCGGGCGCGACGGCCUGCAGCCUGUCCAUCUUCUGGCAGGCCCCCCAGUACUUCAUCGUGGGGGCCAGUGAGGUGUUGGCCAGCAUCGGGCAGCUGGAGUUCUUUUACGACCAGGCCCCCGACGUGAUGCGCUCCUGCUCCAUGGCUCUGCAGCUCGCCUCCACCGCCAUCGGCUCCUACAUGAGCGGAGUCAUCGUGUGGGCGGUGCAGGUGGGCUCCCCCACGCUGGCCGGGCGGCAGUGGCUGCCCCGCGACCUCAACAACGGCCGCCUGGACCUGUUCUUCCUGUUCAUGGCCUUCCUGAUGGCUGCCAGCACCGCCGCCUUUGUGGCUGUGGCCCUGAGCUACACCUACAAGGCGGUGGAGCACAAGAGGCACAUGGUGGUGCCCACACAGGCCACCCCCGGCGCACCCGGCCGCGCGUCCUCCUCCGGCCUGCCCUCGAUCGCCGAGCCCGGCGCCGCCGGCGGCUGGCCCGGCGCCCACGCCGCCCCCGUCGUCAUCCGCGGCGGCGCUCGUCCCGGCGCCCACGCAGUGCCUGUCGGCGGCGCGGCGGGCGGCGCAGCCGGCGAGGAGGUGGAGCCGACGCCCGAGGAGCUGGACAUGUACGGCCGCUCGCUGGCCUACGUGCCGCCCUCACCCGCACUGCCUGCGCCCUUCAGGUAGAGGGAGGCGCAGUGGCGGAGGAGGCGGAGGCGGGAGGCGGAGGUGGAGGUGUGGCGGAGGAGGCGCAGUGGCGGAGGAGGUGGAGGCGGGAGGCGGAGGUGGGAGGCGGAGGAGGAGGUGUGGCGGAGGAGGCGCAGUGGCGGAGGAGGCGCAGUGGCGGAGGAGGCGGAGGUGUGGAGGUGUGGAGGUGGGGUGGGGCCGAAAGGAAGGAGGAGGCAGAGGUGCAGGGAGGAGGAAGCAAGAGGCGGCAGCAGGGAAAUGGCGGCAGAAAACUGGAAGGAGAGCUGUGGUGGGAGAAGAGGUGUGAUGGAGGAGGACUACGAGGCGCCGAGGAUAGGGGAUGGCGGCGGCGGCACGGCCCCACGCGCUUGACAUGUUUGGAUCGGGGCGGUGCGGAGGAGCAGGCGCGUUCUUUACGCCCCAAGUUGGGUGAGUCCAGGUGUGGGUUGAGGGCCGGCGGCCGGCGGUUGGAGGCAGCGCCGCGGCAGCAGCGCAGCAGCAUAUCAGCACAGCGGAGCGGCGGCGGGCACCAACCAGCCGGCAGCAGCAGCUGCGGCCUGCCUGCCUGGCGUGCUGGGCUGGGGCUGCGCUGAAGCUGGGCUGGCUAGCUAGCCGUGCAGAGCCCAGUGGGCAGGAGAUGGGCGGCCUCUUUUAGCUGUCUUUUUGUGUGUGGGAAGGAGUGCAGUGCUGUGUGUUCGCGGCACCAAUUUUGAGGAGCGGUGACGGAAUUGCAGGGCAGCGGCAUGGCAGCGCAUCGCACGGAAUUGCAGGGCAGCGGCAUGAGCAGGGAGAGCGCUGCGUGCGCGAGAUGACUGCAGCGGGAGGAGUGAGGGCCGCAGAGUUUAUGCUGCAUGCUGCAGCGCACGUGUGUGUUUUGUGUGUACGAAGUGCAGAAUGAGCUUGGCGGCAAGGCGGCAGGCUGGUCCGGCGGGGUAGCUGUAAGGCAGUACGCACGGCGGGCAAGGGGGGUGGGAGAGGCAGGAAUGCAGCCUGUGAGCGGUGGUUGACUGGAGGCGGGCAAACGCUGUGCGGAGCGCUGAUCGCAUGCUGACAGGUCGGCUGGAUGUGAGGCGCGUGGUGUUUGGGCGCAGCAACUAGUCGCAUAUGUUUUCAUUUCUGGAAAGCGUCAGGGAAAGCCCUAUAGCUCACAUGAUGUUGGUGCACGCCGUCAAUAGGAGGCAAACAGGGGGAUUGCUGCUCAGGGGCUGGAUCGAUGCCGGAAUGCGUCAGGCGUGCGGUGCUGAGGGAUUGAGGACGGAAAUGUGCAUGCCCGGUGCCGCGGUGUGGCCAAUUCAGGAGAUUCAGGGUGCGUGUGUGUGCGCGUGCGUGUGUGCGCGGGCGCGGGCGCCACUUCGGUCAGUCCCUAGGGACUACGUGAGUCCAAGCACCUCGAACCAAAAUGGCAUCACGUGACUCUUAUGAGGUCUCUGAAUGGUUCCCGGGCAUUUAUUCGCGCGAGAAGCACAAGUCGAAGUGCUAACUGUCGCACUCGUCCGUCAAUUUUGGGACUUGAGCCCCUACUAGCACGGUUAAGU